ACAGGUAACCAAGUGUAAAUGUUUAAAGGGAUUUUCAUUAGGGCAACACAAGAGACACCACUCACACGUCAUGCUUACUGUACGCAUAGGAAAGAGGGUGCAUAAAACAAAGGGCAUUCCAAGACGUUAUACUAUCAAAGCAGUGCUUGCUGUCCUUUUCCUUGCAGUAUUUCUCAUAAGGCUGUAUCAAAUACACUCCCUCUCCUGGUUUUAUGGGUUUCUUGGUCCAGAGUGGCUACAGGUGCCUAAUGUGUCCAAAGUGACCUUCUCCAGAACAAUAACAAGGUUUAGUCUGUGUGGCUUCCCAAAGCCCUGUCCAGAGGGAGAUUUCAGCUUUUUUAUCACCAGUGGAGCUGCAAAUGUGGUUGGACCAAAGAUCUGCAUAGAGAACAAAAUGGUUAUGGGUUAUGCAGAAAAAAAUAUAGGAGAAGGAAUUAACAUCGCUGUUGUUAAUGGGAAGACAGGGGAGGUUAUGAGGACAGACUCUUUUAACAUGUACAAUGGUGAUCCUGAACCUUUAAUGAAGUUUCUAGAGUCCAUUGAGAGAGGAUCUGUGGUCUUGAUGGCCUCCUUUGAUGAUCCAGCUACAAAAUUGAACCAAGAAGCAAGGAAGCUUAUCAGACAGCUUGGCAGCUCUGCGAUCGAUUCAUUAGGCUUCAGAGACAACUGGGUCUUUGUUGGAGGAAAAGCAGCAGAAGGAGCAUAUGUCAAGAGUACAUUUGAGAAGCACAUUAAAAACGAUAAAGACCAAAACAAAUAUGACAAUUGGCCAGAGAUGAUUGAACUGCAGGGGUGCAUACCCUACCUUUUGGAGUGAUUCAAACCAAAGACACUGAUCACUCAAUGAAAGCAGAACUGAGCCCUAGGAACAUGCCUCAGGACCUGUUCUGACGAUUCCCAGAUUUCCCUGUCCACACUCCACAUGCUUAUGUAACUAAUACGGUUUUGACUGAUGACUCCUGACUGUCCCUUUCCCUGUCUAUGAACAGUGGUUUUGUAAAAAUGUUUAAUCUUACUAUGGAUCAAAAUAGUUUCACUGUUUUGUAAUGUGUACUGCGUACAUAUGGUAUACAUAUAAGUCUCUGUUUGAGUGAUGCUGUUCUUUAUGUUGGUAAAUCAUUAAACACAGGAUAAUGUAUUGUCUCUAAGCUAA